CAGAGUGCUGGGGGGCUGGCUGAUGCGAUUAGGAGAGAAGAGGGCGGGGUGAUUUCAGUGGCUCUGUCUGAGGUGUGUCCAGGGGGCAGCUACCGGACAGAUGGCCACCGCUUGCUGGUAUAUAUCCUUCACACGCUUGUCAAUAACGCCUAUACCUCUAUCUGCAGAGUCCUAGAGACCACACAAAGUCAACUGUCACCGUUUACUCACCAGUAAAAACUUGAGCUCCGAGGAAUUAUACUGUGUGGGUCAAAUGUAUCACAUAUAUCACACUGGAGGCACAAAAGUUCCUUAUAACUAGGACAUUUUUACUGCCAAAACAUUUAUGAAAAGGUCUUAGGUAUUUGGCGUUUAGGUGGGGCUGGCUUUAUAAAUGAUGUUCAGACAUUGAGCACUGAUUGAUUCGCCUUGAAAGCAGACUGUUGUUUGUUUGUUUUAACUUUGGAGAAGCGUCUUUCAGGUGUGAUUCUCAACUGUUAGGUGGUGUCCUUGCCAACUAUCAAGACUCAUGCCUCUGGGCAACUGUCAUUUCUUGUGAGCGUUCAGCAGGUGCCCGCUGACGGAAGGGAUGCCGAAAAAUGGGUCUAAGCAUUAGAGGCGAGAUCAUUACAUUCAGGUUCAUAUUAUCAGCAAAACUGCCCACAACGCUUGUCUAUAGGGACCCAGCGGUCAGGUAGGACUUACCCCUCUCCUAGAGUGCGGCUGCUGAAAGGGAAAAAAACAGAAAAAAAUAAAAUACAACAUGCCUUCCCUCUGACUGAGCAGAGAGGACUGCUCAUUCAUUCAUUCAUUCAUUUAUCCGAUUUUGCUCGUCAAAGAAGCAGACUCACUCCACAGUGAGUAGGAUUGGGAUCCGCAAAGGGAGAACUGGAUUAAUCAGAUUUAUUGAGCACAAACUUGGAGCAGUAGAAAGCAGAGUGGCCCCCAAAAUUACUUCACAAAAAUGAAUUUGAUAACUGUACUUUUAAAGCAGCAAAUUGUAUUUCCAGGUCAAUAUGGGAAAGAAUCCAUAAUUUGGAAGACUUCCCCACCUGAUUUUUUUACACCUAAGUAUUAGGUUUAUUUUUAUUUCCACUCAAGAGAGGGGUGCCAAGCCAUUUUCACUGAUUAGGGUUUCUAAAGAUCCUAAUCCAACUCCGUCUGGGGCCCGAUUGGUGGGUAGGGGAGGGCAGGUGUCCACAUACUCAAAGGUAUGGUGCUUAAAAAGUGGACAGAGUGUCACAACUAGAAUGCAGAGAGUCUUAGGGAGGCUGCUGCUGAGAACCAGUCUGGAGAGAUGGAACUAGAUAAUGGAGCUACAAAGGCUAGGUGGCGUUUAGCCUUCGUGAGGCAGGCAAUGGGGAGCCAUCGAUGGUUCUGGAGUGGAGAUCUGGCAGUAAUGAAAACUGUAAGUAAAUGAAUCUGGCAGCCGCAGCCAGGAUGGACUGUGGGGUCAUGGGAAAUUGUUGGGCUAAUCCACUGGUUCUCCAACUCUCAUGCCUAUGGAGAGCCACGGGGGAGCCUGCCGCACCGGUGAGUGAGAGAAGCAGGGAGGGGGGUCAGGGGUUGUCAUUCCACAGGAACUAAAAGGAAGACAAGUUUCCGAAGAAGCAGAAGUCACAAGGUAGUGGCAGGACACCUCUGCUCUCCCACCUCCUCCCCUGCGUCUGACUGGCAAAGUCCUACUCGCCUUCCACACGCAGCCCCGCCGCCGCCACCAUGCAGCCCUCCAGGGCUUUCUCCCAGGUGGAACCUCUCUCUCCCCUGCUUGGCGUGAGGCCUGCCGCUGGGCCACCACCUCCAUUCUAGCCCAGUCGCCUCUGUUUAUGCUUCUGAAGUCUUGACCGUGGCGAAGUGUGGAAUGUGAAGCACCCGGAAUGCUGUUUCCAAACGGCCACGUGGAGAAGCUCCGAGAAGUUCGGCUCAGAUAUUGUGUCUGAUUGGUCUCCUAUGCACGAAGCUGCUAUCCAAGGACGUCUGUUGUCUCUGAGAAGCCUCAUCAACCAGGGGUGGCCUGUGAACCUCAUCACAACAGAUGGUGUGUCCCCACUCCAUGAAGCCUGCCUUGGAGGUCACGUCUCUUGUGCAAACAUUUUAUUAAAGCAUGGAGCUCAGGUGAAUUGUGUCACCGCCGACUGGCACACUCCUUUGUUCAAUACCUGUAUCAGCGGCAGCCUGGACUGCAUGACUUUGCUUCUACGUCACGGUGCCAGCCCCCACCCGGUGAGCGACCUGGCAUCUCCCAUCCAUGAAGCUGCUAAGAGAGGCCACGUGUACUGCGUCGAGAUCCUGGCAGCUCACGGAGGCAACCUCAACCUCAACAUCAGCCACCUGGGCACCCCUCUGUAUGUGGCGUGCAGGAAACAGCAGGUGGCCUGUGUCAGGAAGAUUCUGGAGUCAGGAGCAAGUGUGAACGAAGGCCGAGGUCUGGACUCCCCUCUUCACGCAGCGGCCAGGGCAUCCAAUGGGGAGCUGGCCAUCCUGCUCAUGGAUUUUGGAGCGAACCCCCAGGCCAAGAACGCUGAUGGCAAAUGUCCCUUGGAGUUGGUGCCUCCAGAGAGCCCUCUGACUCAGAUCUUCUUGGAGCGUGAAGGGCCUCCUUCUCUGCUGCAGCUGUGCCGCCUUCAAAUCCGGAAGUGCUUCGGAAUCCAGCAGCAUCAUAAGAUCAACGAGCUCUUUCUCCCUGAGGAGCUGAAGCGUUUUCUCCUACACAUGUGAAUGAGAUAGCUCAAAAUCUCAGGGGGAUAUCACAGGCCGCACAUGAAUGUGGUUGAAUGUUGUGGCCACCGGCAUUGUGAAAUAAA